UUUUUAGGUAGUACCGGGGAGGGGCUGACAGGUGGCAAGUGAAACAAACUCUAAGUACGCGCAGCUGUUUUCACUUGUUGAUUACCUAGUCAAAGCGCGACUGUAUACCUUAACGUAUAAACAAAUUAAUCCACUCUUUUUCGUGUCAUUCCUAGAUACCAAGUCUACAUCAGCCAAUGAAGCAGAUGGUAAACAUUCUUAUAAGUUAUGACCAUACCAUGUAUAUAAGGAAAUACGACGAUGGCGAAGGAUAAGAAAUCCAAAUCGGAGUCCAAGAAGGCAAAGCUCGCCGAAAAGAAGCAGAAGCAGGAAAAGAAGGCCCAGAAGAAGGAAAAGGUUAAGGCAUCCAAGGUCGAAGGAAGCGAUGCCGAGGAUGUCGAUCUAGAUGCGGUCCUUGCCGAAUAUAAGAAAGCUCAAGAGGAAUUUGUAAAGGUCACAGAGACUGUCUCUGAAUCGCCCCCUAAGCCACGGUCGUCCGCGACCUUCCUAGCUUCCCCUUCGAAUAGCAACCAGCUGUUAUUAUUUGGCGGAGAAACGUGGAACGGAGCCCUCGCGAGUUUCUUCAAUGACCUCAAUAUCUACUAUACAGAUAGAGAUGAAUGGCAUUGUGUUACAUCACCAAAUGCUCCCCUUCCCCGGUCUGGCCAUGCUUGGUGUAGAGGAGGAAACCAAAAAGACUCGGUUUUCUUAUUUGGAGGAGAGUUCAGCAGUCCCAAGCAAGGUACAUUUUAUCAUUACAACGACUUCUGGAGACUCGAGCCCAGUACCCGGGAAUGGACACGUAUAGAAAGCAAGGGCAAGACACCCCCAGCGAGGAGUGGCCAUCGUAUGACUUAUUAUAAGAAUUACAUUAUCCUUUUCGGCGGCUUCCAAGAUACUUCCAAUCAAACAAAGUAUCUAGGCGAUCUUUGGCUUUAUGACACUCAGAAUUUCAUCUGGCAUAAUCCCACACUUCCACCUGCGCAGCUCAAACCAGACCCCAGGUCGUCCUUCACCUUUCUCCCUCAUGAGCAAGGUGCCGUAUUGUUUGGAGGCUACUCUAGGGUGAAGGCAACUGUAUCGGCAAACAAGUCAGCAAAGGGUGCAUCGCAGGGGCAGAGAAACAUUUUUAAACCCUUAGUGCACGAGGAUUGCUUCUUCCUGCGAAUAACCCAGCCCCCUGCAGAUUCCCCGCCGAAUACGCCGCCAAAUGUAAGGUGGGAGAAGCGGAAAAAGCCAGCAAACGCGCCCACUCCGUCCCGUGCCGGAGCGACUAUGGCUUUUCACAAGGGACGUGGUAUUCUGUUCGGCGGCGUUCACGAUGUUGAACAGAGCGAGGAGGGUAUGGACAGCGAAUUCUUCAACCAACUCUACGCAUGGAACAUAGAAAGGAACAGAUUCUUUCCAUUGUCGCUACGCAAACCAAGGACCCAAAAGAAAGCCCCUGCAUCGGAGCAGAGGGCCAAUCGGCGUGGCAGAGCCCAAGCAAACGAAGAGGAACUACUGAAGCAGCUUGCAGCUUUACAAGCUGGGUCCUCUGUGGAGGAUGCUGACGAAAUGAAUAUCGAUUUAAAAACCGGACAGGAACCAGAAGAACCAGAAAAGCCAGUUCGAGAGAUGCCGGUAUCUGUGGAAUUCCCGCACCCGCGAUUUAAUGCCCAAUUAGCAGUACAGGAUGAUAUAUUGUACAUUUACGGUGGUACCUACGAGGCCAAAGAUCGCGAGUUCACAUUUGACGAUCUAUACGCUAUUGAUCUUGGCAAAAUGGAUGGCUGCAAGCAAAUUUUCAAGAGAGAAGACGAUAAUUGGGUCGGCUCCGACGAUGAGGAUGAAGACGAAGAAGACGAAGAGGAUGAUGAGGAAGACGAGGACGAGGAAGGCGAUGAUGAGAAGUUCGAUGAAGAACUUGUAACUCUCAAAUCCCCAAGUAAACGCAAGAAGAAGCAGCUGGACGAGGUGUCGAUAACCGAUACGGCAUCUACUGCAGGCUCUUCCACAUUUGACAAUGUGUCAGAAGCCGACACGGCGUCUACCGCAGGCUCUUCGGUAUUUGACGAUGUGUCAGAAGCCGAUACAGCUGCUACCAUGGUCGACGACGGACUACCACACCCACGACCUUUCGAGUCUAGAAGGGAUUUCUUCGUCCGGACUUCCAACGAGUGGCAAGAAAUACUCAUGAUGAGCUUGAGAUGGAAGGGUAUCCAACCCGAAACGCUUUCGAUCAAGGAGAUCAAGACCAAGGCGUUCGAGCUUAGCGAAGAGAAGUGGUGGGACUGCCGCGAGGAGAUUACUGCCCUCGAGGACGAGCAGGAAGCCGCCGGAAUUGGCGAAGUGGUGUCACUGGCUGAUAAAGGUGACUCAGGGGCUGGUGGUGCCGGACGAAGAAGAUGAUGCAUCUUUAUUCUGAAUUUAAGAGAAGGCUCCGUACAUACAUGUUGCUACAUAGGAAAUAUAUGGGCGAAAAGCGUUGAUGCUUGUAUUGUACAUACUUCUAAGCUGUCAGUAAAUAUCUGGGUUGAUAUAAGUGAGAAAUCCAUAGCGUUAAAUAUGAAUGAAAAAUGAACUGGCUUAAU